AUGCCUCUGCUUUUCUUUCAUUCCAUACCUGUUGCCGCUCACCCGGCAACCUGUGCAGGCAAACCUUUUGGGCCUCUGCUGCACUGGUCGGAGUGGCGGAUGCCGCUGACCACCGAAAUGUCCAGCCAUUUGUGUCUCUCCAACUGGCCACAACUGAUGCAACUGCCGCGGGUACCGCCGGAGGGUGGAGCCAUUCACCAAUCGGGCCAGCUCGUGCAUUCCUCACAUGCCGGUCCGGCGGUCGGCCAUUUCGGUCCUGACGCAUCGGCCUCAGCCUCAGGUUCGUCCGGUCGGACGCAUCACUUCGCCACUCGUCUCGCCUCGUUCGAGUCCUCUUCCUCCCAAGGCAUGUGGCCACCGGCGGUGCGACUCGAAAUGCUCGGCCUCUCCUGUGCCUAUCCCGGUCGGGUGGCCGUGGCGUACAGGCUGAUCGGCCAUCUCGGCGGUCACACGCUUAGAGACUGCAGAGACGAGGCGACAGAGGGUGUGAAUGCGGUCAUGCUGACAAUCUUUGAGUGCGAGUCCACAGGUGAAUGGCCAAAGUGA